GGAUUUAGUCCUAUGAGGGGUGGAAAUAGUGUAGACUUAUAUAUAUAAUAACCUUACCAUUCAUAGGCUCCAAGGUGAACAAAUAUGUUUGUAUCUACUUCUCCUUCUUGUAGCAGUUAGAUAAAUACUUGUCAGGUUCGUCUCGCUUGUAAUAUAUGGUGCAAAUUGCAUGAGGACAUGGUAUACAAGCCUUGUUUUCCUCUAAUUUCAACAGAACUCAGGGGCAACACUCUCCACUCCAUCUCGCAGAAACUAACAUCUUCACUUGAAUUCUUCUCAUCCUCUGGAUUCUUAUGUCCUCAAGCAUGGAUAUGGUGCACCAGCAGAUUUUCCAGGGAUUACUUGCGUAGAAUAGUCUAUACCGACAAUGUUCUUGAUAUGAAUGCUGUACAAUGUUCAGGAAUGAACUCCGUAGUGGAUGUUUUCGCGCACCAAAGAUAUCUUUUUUCGAAGAAAUGCUCUUGGCCACAAAAUGUUUACUGACAGCUAGUGAAGAAAACAUCUCCAAGUUGUGGCUGUGUAAUUAAUCUUGGAGAAGAGUUGCCGGAAAA